UGAGAUUCUCCACCCUCCCCGCCUCCUCCCCUCCCCUCUCUCUGACUUCCUAACCUAGUAGCUUCCGUUGUAUUUGGUUUGUAUAGACACCAAAGAACCUAGCUUUGGUGUGAAUUUAAGGCAUAUGACAUCAUAAGCUGAGAUUUCAAGAACUUUACAUUUUCCCUUCAAAUUUCUCCUCAUUGGAGCAAAGAAAUCAGAAAAAGUAUAUUAAUUUCUCUGUCCCUCCUGGAAAUGGUCAGCUCGCUGCUCCGAGCAAGAAAUUCCAUCACCAAAAUCCCCAAAGUCUUCCCCCCAAAUCCACAAAUUCUCACUCCAAACUCAGCCCCAAUCCAAUCCCACCAAAACCCAUGUCCCCAACUCCCUCAUACCCAAAACCCUUCAAGGGUUUUGCAGAAUUCUUCCUUUUCAACCCAGUCCUCCAAGUUUCCGGAAUACGAAAUGCCCUCGGUCACUUGGGGCGUCGUCCAAGGCCGGAAAGAGAAGCUCGUCUCCAGGGUCAUAAUCUGUGACUAUUUGAAGAGCUUAGGCAUAAUUCCUGAUGAAUUGGAGAACUUGGAGCUGCCUUCUGCUGUUGAUGUCAUGCGGGAGAGAGUUGAGUUCCUUCAGAAGCUCGGAUUGUCGAUCGACGACAUUAACGAGUACCCGUUGAUGCUCGGGUGCAGUGUGAGGAAAAAUAUGAUACCUGUGUUGGCUUACUUGGAGAAAAUUGGGAUUCCGAGGCCGAAACUUGGUGAGUUUGUUAAGAAUUACCCGCAAGUAUUGCAUGCUAGUGUGGUUGUUGAGCUUGUGCCGGUUGUCAAGUUCCUUCGUGGGCUUGAUGUCGAAAAGCAGGAUAUUGGUUAUGUGUUGCAGAAGUAUCCUGAGCUUCUUGGAUACAAGCUUGAGGGGACAAUGAGUACUUCGGUUGCAUAUCUUGUUAGUAUUGGUGUUAGUCCUAGGGAUAUAGGACCGAUGGUUACACAGUAUCCUUACUUCUUGGGAAUGAGAGUUGGGACUGUCAUUAAGCCGUUUGUUGAUUAUUUGGUUUCGUUAGGUUUGCCGAAAAAGAUAUUGGCCAGGAUGCUGGAGAAGCGGACAUACUUACUUGGUUAUGAUCUUGAGGAGACUGUUAAACCAAAUGUGGAUUGUUUAAUUAGUUUUGGGAUCAGGAGGGAAGCACUUGCUUCGGUUGUUGCUCAGUACCCCCAAAUUCUUGGGCUGCCUUUGAAAGCUAAAAUGUCUUCGCAGCAGUAUUCCUUUAGUUUGAAGCUUAAGAUUGAUCCUGAAGGGUUUGCACGGGUGGUUGAGAAGAUGCCACAGAUAGUCAGCCUUCAUCAACAUUUGAUAAUGAAGCCGGUCGAAUUCCUUCUUGGACGGGGAAUAGCUUCUGAGGACGUAGCUAAGAUGGUUGUAAAGUGUCCCCAGUUAAUUGCGCUGCGUGUUGAGCUCAUGAAGAAUGGUUUCUACUUCUUUAAGAGUGAAAUGGGGAGGCCACUGAAAGAGCUUGUGGACUUUCCGGAAUACUUUACUUACAGCUUGGAGUCGAGGAUUAAACCUAGGUACCAGAGGUUGCAAAGCAAGGGCAUCAGGUGUUCAUUGAAAUGGUUCCUCAACUGUAGUGAUCAGAGAUUUGAGGAGAGGUUGCAAGGGGAGUAUAUUGAAACAGAGACACCAGGUCCAUCAUUUUAUAUGGGUGGGAAGUUAGAGCUCCCGGGAAGUGAGAUGGUGUCAGAUGAGGAUGAUGAGAGUGAUGAUGAAGUACUUUACAGACGCACUGUUUCCUUGUAGUAAAUUUUAUUGACUUUAGAAAAUCAAAUUUAUUUUAAAAUGUUAUUCAUAUUCAUCGGAUUUGGUUUU